GCUUCAUGGAGCACCCAGACGACAAUUAUUUGGUUGGUACGACAGACUUGGUCACCUUAGUUGGGACACUGGAAGAUUGCCGAAGGGAAUGCAAUUUGCGGGCUGAUUGCGGGCUCUUCGUACAUGGUGAAUCCAUGGGCUUGCUGUACUGCUUUAUUAAGACGAUGACUUCCACGCUCUUAGAGGAUGCAUCAGGCAAUCAUCAGCUAAGAGUCUACCUAGUUUCCGGGCAAUCAGCGGGAGCGCCGGUCACUUGGGAGGUGCCGGAUUUGUCACCACCGGUACGGCUGACCAAUUGCCCCAUAGUUGCAGGCUGGGCGUCUUGCAACUUGGUCUGCUACUCACUCUGUACGGCGGCGCAGACAACAGGCCAAGAUAAUCUUGUAUCGGCCUACAACAUGGGAGAAUAUGUGGGAGAGUUGGGCAUCCAGAGGCAAUUUGCGAAGAAGGAACAUGAAGCAAAGAAAUUGUCCCAAGCUGGAUUUGCUCAGGAAUGUCGAGAAGCGGACAUUUAUGAUGCAGCCGCAUUGGGUCCUGCUUGUACAGAAGCCUACUCGCCUAAGGCGCUGGAAUGGAGUGUUGUCGGCAAUCGUAUGGGCCUUCCGUCCAUGACUGAUUUCGAGACGGCUUUUUCCGAUCUCAAUGAAUUGCAGAGGAGGACUCGAAAGGCGUUGACUGACUCCCUCCCUGAGGCCUGUGUGCUCAUCACGGUCCUUGUCAUCAACAUUUGGGCUGCCUACCAUCAGGUGGGAGUGGAGGCUUUGAGUGCCUGGAGCUUGCUGGUAGUGGUGGUCUUCACCUGUGCGCUCAUUGCGACUCUAGGAGCCAGUGUGUCGUACUACCAUGGUUUGUUUAUCAUUUUGUCGGUUGCCAUUUCCAGUUUUUAUGCGAGGCAAGGGCAAGAGCCACUCAACCCGGUUGAAUGGUCCUUGGCCUUCAUUGGCCUCGUCACCAACGCGUUUGCUGACCUUUCUGCGAACGAUCACCUUGUUGUGAUCCUCACUGCAUUCGCAAACCUUGCGACGUUGGCGGCCAUGGCUUUGGGUCAGACUGGCUCACGCCUUCACGCCCAGCAACAGUUGGCCAAGCUCUUCGCUCGGUAUCGCCCAUCGAACACAGCCGUUCGG